CGUAGCGCGCACUCAACCGCCGAACUGUAUUCUCUACAUCGCCUGCUAAGCCUUACGUGGCGGGCUCGUCGAGGAAAAUGCCUUCUCCGGAUAAAAUACAGCUUAGCACGACAACACGACCGUUUUCUCUCCACCGAACACGCGUUGACUGAGACACAUAUCAAUCUAAAGUCCCCCGAGAGAAGAAAAACAAUGAGCCGCGACGACGGAGACAAGCCUUCUCCGGCACGAGGGAAGAAGCUAGGCGACGAGCAGCUAGCAGAGCUCCGUGAGAUUUUCCGAUCAUACGACCAGAACAACGACGGAAGCUUGACGGAGCUAGAGUUAGCCGCGCUCCUCAGAUCUCUCGGUCUGAAGCCGAGCCAAGACCAGCUCGACACUCUCAUCCACAAAGCGGAUCGGAACAACAACGGAAUCAUCGAGUUCUCCGAGUUCGUCGCCCUCGUCGAGCCGGAUCUCGUCAAGUGCCCCUACACGGAGGACCAGCUCAAAGCCAUCUUCAAGAUGUUCGACCGCGACGGGAACGGGUACAUAACGGCGGCGGAGCUGGCGCACUCGAUGGCGAAGCUAGGACACGCGUUGACGGCGGAGGAGUUGACGGGGAUGAUCAGGGAAGCGGAUCGAGACGGGGACGGUUGCAUCGAUUUCGAAGAGUUUGUUCAGGCGAUUACUUCUGCAGCGUUUGAUAAUGCUUGGGGAUGAAGAAAGGUUUAAUAAUUUGG